AUGUCGCCUCUCACUUCUGAGCAAAGAGCUUCCUACCACGAAAAUGGCUACCUCCUCCUCCGCGCAAGCGAACACCAACUUGUCGAUCCUACAGCUCUGCUCCAGUGGACAAAAGAAGUUCAAGCUUGGCCCCGCAUUAAGGGCAAGUGGAUGCCCUAUGAUGAAAUCAACAUCAACGGCGAGCGCCAACUGAUGCGCACGGAGAAAUUUAUCGACUAUCACCCAGAAUUCAAAUCGCUCGUUUGCGGCGAGAGACUAGCCGAGAUUUUGAAGGCUGUCUCAGGCGAUGACAUGCUUCUCUUCAAAGACAAAAUCAACUACAAGCAGCCCCAAGGCAACGGUUUCCAAGCUCACCUUGAUGCACCAGCCUACGACCACAUUGGCCGCAUUGAGCAUGUCACAGCAAACAUUGCCAUUGAUGCGGCAACACCCGAGAACGGGUGCUUGGAAGUCGUCCGCGGAUCCCACAAGAUGGAGGUCGAGUUUGCUGACGGUGGCCGGAUCACGUCUGCAUGGGAAGAUGCGCACGAAUGGACUUCUGUUCCUCUGGAUAUGGGCGACAUGUUGGUAUUUGGAUCUCAUUUGGCUCACCGUUCAGCUGAGAACAAGACUGAGAAGAGUCGCUCGAGUCUUUAUGCUACUUUCCACUCCAGGAGUGACGGUGAAGAUCUUAGGGAGAGAUACUAUAAGCAUCGGAUGGAGAUGUUCCCACCUGAGCAUGAGCGUGUCGAGGGCAAGGACUAUUCACAAGGUUACAAGACCUACGGUUUUGCGGCUCCAUUCACCACAAUGAAGGAUAAUGCAGUUGCGACUCCCGUCAUUGCUACUUAG